ACGAAGAAGAAAGGUCUUGUACGAUAGAGGGUGGAGAAAAAAAAGCAGAGGGACUACUCCUGUUUACAACAACAUAAUGGAGCCAAAAUGGUCAAACAACGUUUGCAAGCGUGCUUUAUUGACUGGAUUUAUGUUAUUUAUUCUAUUAGGUGAGUGUCGACGCCCUUUAUGUUUGGAAUUUCUAUUUGAAAAUGUUUGAUUUUGAGCUCAUUAUUUAAGGUGGGAUAUCAGGUUAGCCUGUUAGCAGUGUUGUAUCGUAUCUCUUGUACGGGAGACACCUCACUACACCCCUUAACCUCUGUUCACAAUCCUGCUAAUUAACGUGUCUUUGUUCUCCAUCAUCGCUGGAGACACUGACUACCACUGCCGAAAUCAUUUCCAUCAAGGACACAGUCAGCAGUCUGCUUGUCUGGACAACUAGCUGCCAUUACUUAUAUUUUAAGAGGAAAUAGUUAUAUUUUCCAAAAUCAAAAUAAGAACUGGUACAGAGCAUAGACUGUAGGAAGUGGCAAGAGUGAUGUUCUGUCGAGUUAUGCUCUUUUAUCGAAUGAUGCUGCCAUUUUUGUUCACGUUUUCUUCAACAAAUAGAAAUAAUGCUGCUGUUAUAAAAAAGAAAAAAAAAAUGUAUUACUACUACAAUCCCACUUUUAAAUAUUUCAGGUGGAGCUAAUUACAAUAGACUUUUACCAGUGGAAAUCCAGGAUUCUGGAUUCGCGCCUGCGCAGUUUAGCUUGAAAUUACAUUUCGUUUGGAAACAUAAUUCGACGGAACACCCGCCCUUGUUGGUACCGUUCUGUGGAGGGGGGUUGUGGUACCAACCGUAGAAGUAAAAGCAAGUCUCUGUCGUCCGCGCACCUUUAAGUAAUGCUUAAAUAAGAGUUGUUGGGUGUGUUUUUGCGCGCCGAUUGGAAGAUAAUCCAAAACUAAAACAGAAAAUGUGAUUAAAUGUGUGGUUUCAUGUUUUAAACAUUGACGCCGGACAAAACCACCUUAAAAUGUUACUGUUUUAAAUAACGGUGUCGUGACGAGUGAGUGACUGCUCUCUACGUGUCAUUUACGGAAAACUAACCAUAAAAGUGGCCAGCUAGAGGAGGUUAGAGUGCUCGCAGUGAUUUACAGCACAAGUUAUCUUUAUAAUCUGUAUUCACGACAACACAGUAGUAGCUCUAAAACAGUGCCAACUCACCAGUUAUUUAGAAAGACGACUUUACCUUGACUAGCCUAGCAUACGGAGAUAACAUCAUAGUUCCUUGUUGGCUCAGAACCAGAUAGGACGUUACCUAUCACGUUUUAUGAUAUACAUCGCAAAAACCACACGGUCUGUUACUUCCUGAAUUCUUUACUUUACUUACUGGGACAGUAUUGGCUUUUAACUACGUGUUACUGCUGCAACAACCACGCUAACUGCUGGCUAUGUACACAACAAACUUAAUAAAGUUCCUCUUAUCUUAUCUUAACAUUUACCUCCCAGCUCUUAUAGCAACCAUAAUCCACACUUUAGCUCUAACCUCUUAGUUUUCAGUGUUUGUUUGCAUGGUCAGAAGUUGGUUAUUGUUCUUAAAAUUAAUUGUUGAAGUUGCACUGAAGGGGAUUAUAUUAUUGAGAUGUUUGUUAAUGAAGUGGACAAAAUACAAGGAUCACACUUUAAUUUAAAACACUCCAGUAAACUAUCAGCACCCACCACGCCCUCAAUAGUAGAUAUCAAGUGAAGUAAUCAAUUUAUGAGCAGAUAUAUGAGGUUUAAUUAGCUUGCCCAGGUGUUCAUGGUAGUAUGGCUGGCUGUUUUACCUUCAAGAAUCCCUGAAAAACUUUUAAACAAGGUGUGCAUUUGUGUGAUAUGUUGAAUUUUCACAUUUCAAGUAAAGCAAGAGACACUCUCCUGUAACAUAUUAUCUUUGUUCUUCCAGAUCCUGCCCUUUUAAAAAUCUGGACAGUGCCUUUUCUCAACUUUAGAAAAGCAAAUAUAUUUCUCUCUGUUUUAAAUCUCACAGUAAUAACUUCUGACUGGAGGAAAUGCAUGACAGACGCUUCCUUCCUUUUCAUAUUGUGAAAUUAUCUCCAGCUGAUUAUCUGACUGGCUGCUGUCGUGGGUCUUUUGUUGUUUUAAUGCAAAGUAUUCCCAGGACUCUGAAUCACUGUAGCUGUUGCCUGAGGCAGUAUUUGGUCUAAUUGCUGUGUAAAGUGCAGCAGAGAGGGGCUUUAUCUGCUCCUGUUUUAUUUGCAUCAUGGCUUUUGAAUCCUUUUAUUGUGAGAGCAGAUGUGAAAGUCACAUGUCGGACUUUGCUGAAGUUGCGGUUGGAUUUUUCAAAGUUAAAAAAAUCUUAGUCAAAGUUGUCUAAAGGUGAGUCAUUGUGUCGUGACACAUUCCCUAUUCAAACCUGCACACAUUAUUCCUGAGUAAGCUGUGUACAUAGUGGUUGACAUUUACAGACCUAAUAAAGUAAUACAGAGGCAGUUCUCUUCAACCUAUCUAAUGUGACUAAGUCCAGUUAGCUUUGUUUGGACACUCACAUAAAUCUGUUAAACAUACUCUGCUGUCUGAGACCAACAAAACAAGUGUGCACACAAGACACCACACUUCAACUGGACAGUGCAGGGAUCAAUCCAGCAUGCAGUGAAGCUCGGCAGUGACAUGGGACAAACACCAGAGCUCCAAAUGUCUGUUGCAAAACUUACAGCAGUUACAUUGUGUUUGAAAUCAGGGCGCAUGCUCACAAACUUAGAAGGCGUUGCCCGAAAUGUAGCGUGGAGACGGCUGUCACGGAUAUUUAUCUUUCCUUAUAAAAUCCAGGGUUUGUUGUUUCAGUGGAGAGAAGCCCUUUCUCUUAUUGCUUGUGAAUUUCUUUGCAUGUUGAGUUUUUUUAGAUGUCCUGUUGAAUUGGUUGUAUUGAACUCUACUGCUUCUGCUGUGCAAAACGGUUAUGUUGCAAUUGGCUGUUGGAUUGUUUUCACUUUCACAAUUCUACACUUCUUACAUUAAAACCAGGAUUACCAAUACCAAUGUAACAGACUGUCCCGUGGUAUCCUAGCCUACAGUAAAGCAGUUAUCAUUGCUGUAGUAUGGCUGACUUCGCACAUGUGAUUGCCCAGGAAAGUUGAAUUCAUGACUGGUGAUAUCCUCCUUGAUAUUUUCUUUGUAAAGCUCCUGUAAGGAACUUUAAGUUUGUGUCACCCCCUGUGGACAAAACAGUCUUCACUUACUGUGUUCUCUGCACUGUUAAGGAGUGUCUGUUGACAAAAAACUCAUCCUGUUUACUUUUGGCAGGCAGCUAUAUCAUUUAUUGUGAAUAUUUAUUGUGGAACUAUAUAUUUUUUUUAAAUGACAUAAACAAAUUGUCAUUCUUGUUGCUGAUGGUCUUGUUUGCUUUUGGAUAACAUGAAAAGAUAUCAGUAUGAAUUUCUGUCCAUUUUAUAAACUUCGCAUAAACUGUAAAGUUAGGCAAUCCAGAAAACUUGGUGAAACCAAGAUACCCUAACCUGAGCCUGUUUGCAUUUUGUAACAGUUGAAGUAAAUGGUAAGUCCCCGGAUCAGCUCUGAUCUGUUAGUAUAGAUUGGAAUUAGGCCUGAGACAACCCUUGCAAAAUAUAAACUAGACUUAGAGCUUUUUCAGGAAUUUGAUGAAGUUAUUUACUUGAAUUGACCAUGUGACUGUGAAAAUGAACAUGAAAGCACAAUUUACCAAGUUCUAACUUUUUAAAAAGACAUAACACAAACCAAAUUCAAUCUAAAUAUAAUCACUUAACUUAACCCUAAAUCCCAUUACAGCUGUGUUUAGCUCAUGUAGAUCCACUAUGAUCUGAACCCCAUUGUUUAUAUAGCCCUUCAGUACCAUAUCAUAUACAGCAGUAUGUUAGGUUUAGCACACAGCUGACAGGAGAGGCUGAACAUUAACUCGAGUAAAAAAAAGGAAACAGUAUAAUUGUGUAGAACGGCAAUACAAUGAAAGUACAGACCUUCAGGACAAGUCUGAGUUUACACAUGGCAUAUUUUAAUCAUGGAUACCAAUAAGUAGAUGACUCAGAGACGCAGAGGUUUCCCUUGAAUGACCUUUUCUCAUUGACUCUUGCCAGACACCAUCACGUCCUAUCAGAGGAGCUCUGACUCAUCUCUUUCUAUACAGAUGAAUUCAAUAAUAAGCGUAAGAUGCCAGUUUUUUUUUUCUUUAUUACUGAUUUUAACUUCCUGUCUGGAUUCAAAUGUCAGAAAUGGAGUCAGCUUUAUUUGACCUUAUUUUGCACAGACAGGAAAUUUGACUCCAGUUUAAAUUGCUGUCGAUGUCACACACACACAUGCACGCACGCAUGCACACACACACACAGAUCUCAAAGAAUAAUUUAUAUAAAGUAGAAAUAGACACAGAAAAACCUCAACCAAGUUAAACAACAGAGGUCAAGAUAAACAGAGCUGAUUCAUACAAUUAAGUUCUUCUGUAAAUAUACAGUAUACGGGAAACAACAGUGACCAACAUAUAAAAUGUCUGUGUGCAUGUCAAGGAUUCACAGGGAUAAAUAUUAGAGGACACACUUCAGCAUUUACAUUUAAGGCAUGUGGAUGUAGACAGAAUACACACGUCUCUCUGUAUGUUGUGUUUAAUAGCACAUUCUGGACAUUAGGGCUUAUACAGUGCAUAUUACUUUUAGAUAAAGAGGUUGUUUGGUGGGUUAAAAGGUUCAACACAUUGAUUUAUCUCUUGAAAUGAUGACCUCCAAUCAUUUGUGUCCUUACAUGACAAAAAAUGUAACGGAAAUAUAGAAACAUAUCUUUUUGUACUUUUAUUCCCUAUUUGGUGUGGGAAAAAAUGAGAAUGAAAAUGUCACCUUGAGAUUCAGGAAACCUUUAGUCUGUGGUAUCAGCAUGUGGGCAGAGCUGUGAGGUCUAUGACUCCAGCGAAUAACAUGAAUGAGGCUGAUUUCAGUGAACUGACACAGACCUGCGUUGGUCACUCUCAUAAAUGCAAGAACACACUCCAGGAGGAUUACUUUGUAACAAGAGAGCCACAUGUCUGCUUUUUGUUUCCUGCUUUUUCUCAAGUGUGUUUUAAUUAUUUACCAAUUUAUUGCUCGGUUUGACUGCUGUGCUGUUUGGAGUGAGAGUCAGACUUUUAUGAACGGUUAAGGGUCAACACAGCAGUUUCAGUCCAGUCUGAAAAUGUUCGGACUGAUUUAGAUUAUUUGAUGUGGUUGUUUGUUGUGGGCACUCUAAGAAGUUUCUACUAGUUCUGUAACAGACCUUCAAAACUGUUUUAACACCUCUUUAUGAUCAGGAAUAAACACAUUUUCUUUAUUAUAUUGAAUGUCUGAAACUGCUGUUCCAGGGUAGGUGAUUGACCUCUUGAAUUUCCUUGAUCUAAUAAACAAAUGCAUUUAAAUUGCACAUUGAAAAAAUGAAACUAGACAGCAAACAGAAUAAGAGUGAAAACAGACAUAAUCAUAGAAGGUUUAUGUCUACUGAGGAGCUUCUUAUGAUGCAGCAUGUGGUUAGUAAACUCAAUCCAUGCUUUCCAGGAUUUGUCAAAUAAUUCACUCCUUGCUUUUGGGUGUUUAUUCUAAAAUUUCCAAGUCUCAUAUUUCAUACAAUUAACUGAAUUAUCACAUUGUUAUUAUUGUUCAUAUUCUGUCUAACAGAAAACCAGAGUAAACAUUGCCCAUUGUUUAUUUCAGUCUCUGUACCUUUCUGUUUCUGAGUUCCACAAACCAUCAGUCAGUGUUACGGCCACCGGAAACCCUUCAAACACACAACCCUGGUGCUCACAGUGGAUUUCCUGUAUAAUAUUUCAUUGUCUUGCAGCUACCUGAAACAACACAACCUGUCCAAAGCAGCCCACCGUGUUGUUUUAGCUGUGUCAGUGUAAAUGAGCGAGGCUGUAGUACCUACAGUCAAUGUAUUACCUGCUGUUUUUCUGUUUCUCUCAUCCCCCUGGACUUUCAAAGAAGCAUUUAAAAAGUUCAGCUCACUGGGAACACAACAAUCUGACUAAUGUUUAAUUUCUGAAUUAUUUUUUAAAAUUAAAUUUAUUAGUUGCUCGGCCAAAAGAAGCAAUCAAAAUUUUUUAUUUCGUUUUGCUAAAAGCUAUUCACUAUCCUCAGAUUUUGAUUUUUCCCAUGAUUGAAAUUCCGUCUGUUUGCUGCAGAAAGAAGUGACACAAAGUUAAAAAUAUUUCCAUCAAUGAAAAAGAAAUCAGCAUUACUGGUCAAAAAAAGUCAGGGCUUUUCAAUCACUUCAAUCUGAGACCAAGUUCCUGGAGUUUAAAAGGAAACUUGUCGUAUUUUAACUUUGUAACAGGAUUUCAGCUGUUGUUGUGGGUCUCCUGUUUUACUCUCUAUUUCAUGAUGCACCAAAUGUUUUCAAUUUGUGGAAAGUCCGGACUGCAGGCAGGCUGGUUCAGCAGCAGGACUCUUCUACUGCAGAGUCAUGCUGUUGUAAUACAUGCAGCAUGGGCUUUAGCAUUGAGCCGAAUUGCAGCAUUUGUUGCUUUAAACCUUAGUAUGGUGCAUGUGUGAGCUACACAUGCCAUGCGCACUUAUUCACCCCGAUAUCAUCACAGAUGCUGGGUUUUAAACUGUGUGCCGAUAAAAAGCCAGGUCGACCCUCUUUAGAGCUGAAAUUGUGGCAUCCAUGGUUUCCACAAAGAAUGUCAAAUGUUUCUCAGAUUACAUUUCAGUUUUUCUGCUCAGCCUCCAUCCAUCUUAAAUAGAUUAUAUAUAGUUUCCUCUUUGCAUGGUACAGCUUUUGAGUCUAUGCAGCGAUUUCCACUGCAGAGUCAUGGCCCAAAGAUCAGCCUUCCAGUCUUGGUUUUCUGCCUGGUUCCCCUUUUUGUCAGAUUCUUUGAUUUUUUUAACGAUUUCAUGAAUGUCCCUGAGAUUCUGAAAUUGCUGAACUAUUUGCUCACACAGUCUCUCACAGAGCGGCGAACUCCUACCUUUCUUUAAACCCUCAGAGUAGGGCUGGGCGACAAACCGAAACUUUACCGAUACUGAAAUUUACAACAAUAACUUGAUGUCAUUUUGCCCAUGUCAGUAUAUUCAGUGUCAAAAAAAUAAAAAAAUAAAAGUUGGUUUUGGAUGUGUGUAGGUAGGCUAUGGUCUCAUGUCCCUUUAAGAUGCUGUCCUAUAUCGGAGACGUGACUCCACCCCAUCCAGUCCGUAACAAAGAGGGAAAGACAGGUGAGGAGAUGGAGGACGGUUCAAAAGUUGUAGCAGGUGGAGCGACGGCUUAAGUAGACAAAGUUGAUGUGGGAGGGGGUGAGCAGCUUGUGGAGUAGUUAUCGUUGGUUUAUCGUUAUCGAGGUGAACUGCUCAAUAUAUCGUGAUAUUGAUUUGAGGCCGUAUCGCCCAGCCCUAGCUCAGAGACCCUGCCUCUCUUGAAUGCCCCUCUUAUUCCCAGUCACGUUACUAACCUGUAGCAAAUUAACGUAGUUAGUCGGAGGUGUUUUGUGUGGCGUUACUUGGCUUUUUCAGUGUUUUGUCGUCCAUCACACAAGUAUAACAACAAAACUUCUUUCCGUUUCUCUUUUAUUUACAGUCACUAAACCGACAUCGGGGAUCGACAUCCAAGCCGACCCUGAGGUGGUUCUGCAGAACGGCACGGCGGGAACCCUUCGAUGCACCUUCAAGUCGAGUGAAAAGGUCUCUAACUCCACCUCGGUGACAUGGAGCUUUCAGUCGAGUCAGCCUGAAAAUCAGUUCUCCAAAGCUCCAAAUGUGGUGAGUCCUGUCGGCCUUUUUUUUUUCAGGUCGUAUCCGCGCUGAGAAAGAUUUCUCACAGCUCCAGGAUGUUUUCCUGCGAUUGUUGUUAUCUGUCCUGUCACAUAAAGGCUUCAGCUGCUCCUCAUUGUGAUGGUUUCAGUAUACACAAGUAUCCCCGUGCCAGGCAUUUAUUUUUACUGGAUUCUGAAUACGGCACUUGUUCCUAUUAUUUGUGUUUUGUUUUCAGGCUCGCUCACUCACUCCAGCUCUGGUCUCUCGCCACUGCAUCACUCUCUGCUUGUGCUUUUGUUGUCUGUGUAUCUUGUGUCUCUAUCAAGCACGGUAGUCAUCGUUUAAUUUCAUGGUUUGUUUUGUUUUCUCUGUGUUUCUUGUACUUGUUCCACUUUAACAACACAAUCCUCUCUGCAAUCACUCCAGACAAGAGGAGAAGUCAGCGGAGUUUGUAUCUGGAAAAAUGAUUAAUUGAACAGAUGAAAACCACAAGUUAUUUUUUAAUGACCAAGAUUUACUGUCAAGAUUUACUCUUGGCGUUAGCGAAGAGAAUUAAUAGCAUGCGUGACUAUCUGAAAUACUUAAAGUUUGACAUAGUUUGUUCAAAUGAUGUGUUUUUUGAAUGUGCUGAAAUGCGAUCAGAGUAUGUGGAUGUGUUAAACGAAGAAAGCUAGUGUUGCAGGGAGGUACACGGAUCAUAUCCCAUCCACAGCACCAGCUCCUCUUUGUGUACAUAUCUCUGAGUCUGGGCGGGGGCCUACCUGUCUGCUCUGAUAUCCUGCAAACAUAAUGACACAGCCGUAGGGUUUUUAAAUUGCAGAGUAUUCAUACCAGAGCAGAAACACGCAGCCAACACUUGGAGUAAGUGCUCACUAAAGCCUCGUUUCUACUCCAUGGUACAGCUUCACUCCAACUAAACCACCCGGGACCUUUUUUUUUUUUUUUUUUACAACUGGUCCUUUGGCAGAGCUUCUAUAAAUGAACCUCACACCUUGUACUUUUUCUGGUCCUUCCGUCGUGGAGGUUUUCAGUGAGCUGAGCCAACCCUAAAAAGUGACUCGUAAACACUAGAGACCACAGAGGAAAUCAUCAGCCCCAUGUGAUCGGGGACACUCUGCACAUCCUGCUCAAUGUCCACGUUCUUUUUGUUGGGUUUAGCGGUCAGCUGCAGCCGCUUUGAAAUGCAUAAACUUUCUGAAAGACACACCACAUACAUUCAACGUUGUUGUGAUGCAUUGAGAACUCAGGCUUUUGCUUAAGAGCACAGUAGGAGCGGACCAAGAAUUUAUUGAUUUAUUUUUUAAGAACGUGUGUGCAACACAAGAACCAAUGAGAAUAUUCAAAACAACAAUAACAAUAAUCAAAGGAAAAAAAUAAAAAUUUACUACUAAUUAUAAUGUAAAUCCAACAUGUCCGAAAAGAAGUAGGAUGAAGCAUUAUGUUUAUUUAAACCUACCCCUUCCGCGCUACUCAAUUAACGGUCCGUCUCUCCAGCAUAUUUACAUUGUAUUUACGAAAAAUAGAAAAUAUAUAAAGUAAAUAGGACAGAUGGCAAGAUGAAGCUGCUUUCUCUGUAACCUUUGACCAAGGUGGUACAGUAGUUGAGGUUUCCAUAGUCAUUUACUUAAGCUCUGAUCCCUGAAUGACCUGGUUGGUUGCGAUGCCCCGCUUGUAUCUGUUCUUGUUAAUGUUUGAGGCACAUGUACAGACUGCUAAACUAACAGGACCACCGAGUGUUUAUUUCUAGUGUUUAUAACUGCGGUGCAUGUUGGGGUGUCCCGAUACAACUUUUUUACUUCCGAUACAAUACCGAUAUUGUAGCCAUCAGUAUUGGCCGAUACCGAUCCGAUAUCGGCACAAACUUGUGCAUGACAAGUUUUGCGCUCAGCUGCAACAUCUUUUUCGGACUUUAAAUAAAGAGAUUUACAUUUACAUUUACGUGGGCUCUACAUGCUGGAUCGGGGCGCUGCUAGCCAGAGGUGCUGGAGUGGAGUCUGGAAUAGACCGCUUAUAUUGGGGUGCUGAUAUCGGAGAUUUUAGAUCCAGAUAUCCGAUAUCAGUAUCGUACCGGGACAGCCCUCGGUGCAUGUACAUUGUGGAAAUGUAGAAACCACUCACAGAAGAUAUUGAGUUUUUGCUUAAUUAGUCAAAGCAUCAUGGGACUCGCUUUACAUAUAAAACAAUUUUUAACAUCCACAGAAGUUAUUCUUUACACACAGGUAAGUUUGGUGUUCAUUUCUGCAGUUUAUUUAGUAACUUGCUCUACUUCUGCGUGCAGACUUCAGAGGGCUGGACAGAGAUUUGAAAGGAGGAUAUAGACCCAAAGAUCUAAAUUAAAAGUGAAUUUAGGACAGACAGUUGCACACAUGCAGAGCUCACCCAUCACACCAAGCUGAGCGAGUGUAGCAUGGCAGUAAACAAGCAGCUCCAAGAAAUGAAACACAGGAUCGGUGUUGUACGACACCCUCGCUCGUAUGGAGGUGAUUCGGCUUUGAGAAGAAUGAUGUCACUCACACACACGCUAAUCUGCAGACUGGUGUGAAAGCGGCUGCAGCCAAAAGAAAAGCUUGACAAAUAGUGUGUUUCAUGUACGAGAUAUGAAGAGUAUAAAAAGCUUCUCUUUCUACUUCCUUGCAGUGUAACAAUAGAAUAUGAAAUCCUGGUGCUUUUCUCCCAUAUAAAUAUGUCACUCUGCUUGGGGGUCUUUAGAAAACACAUUUUCCACGUUGAAUAAUCACCUGAUGUGAACAAUGACUCUCCCCAGAUAAACAAAUAGUAAGUGCGCCUGAAACUAUGGAAAUUCCCUUCCUGUUACUGUAACACAAAAGUGAUAAUAUCCCAGAAAAAGAAAGUUUAUUCUCAGACUGCGGGAAGAAAUUUAUUGCUGUUCACUUUCAUUUACCCAGCUGACAGCGCUAAAAGUAACACAGCCGUGAUUUUACAGAAUCUCUGGCGUCUGUUCCCCGUAUGUGAGCCAGAGCCAGAUUAGUGUUGAGGAGACUUCAAGCAAAUGUUAUUUUUAACCACGGUACCCUCGGGGAGAGCGGGUGCGUGAAGGAAGAAAUCCUGAACCAGAAAGAGGAUAAAGCACGCCGAUUUCACGGCGGUGUCCUCGCUGAAUUUUCUUGAUUGUGUGCUUUUUUGUUGUUGUGUCACAAUGACGGAUGUUGAAGGUUUUUGUCAAUGUGCAUCCAAUUGUGGGAAUGAGACAGCAAAUGUGUCAGAGGAAGGAGGAAAAACAAAGCGCAUGGAUGAGUUUCAACUGGCCCUGAUGAUUCACUCUUGUUCAUGAAUUUUGCGGUUGCUUUUCUAAUUACAUGAGAUGUUUUCGCGUGUGAAAUGUGUAAAAAAAAUCUGGUGUAAAAAAAAAAAAACAACUCUCUGAUUGAGUCUCGGGGUUCUGGGUCUUUGUCCUACUUACUCAUCCUGCUGUGGCCUUUAACAACGUCUGCUAUCAAACGCAGAUAGUUUUAUCCUGAAUCCGAAUUCCUCUCCAUGUCCUAAAGUGGAAUUUAUUGUGCGUCAUUAUUCUGCAUUUUCUGUUGCAGUUGUUGACCUGUUUGUCCUUAUCCAUCUGUUUUUUGUAUCUUCCUCUUUCCCGCUGUCACACUCCCUCCAAUUCCUGCAAAUAGCAGAUCACUUCUGAGGGUUUUGACCCCAGUUCACAAGCCAGGACUGAAAGAGGACAGCUCAUUUUAAAGAAAUGUACCUCCUUAUCCGUUUCUGCAGAAGUGCGGAAGAAAUAGAAACUAAAACCUGAGUGCAAUCAGACAAAAAUAGCUCAUUUAGGCUUUGUCCUCUUUCUCUCAACUUAAUAUCGAAGUUGAUUUACCGCGGUUGCUUCCUCUCCUUUGCUUGGUGCAGCUUAGAGUUGAAUACAUGAUUACAAACCUGUUUUAGCACUAAAUGAUCUCAAAAGCUCCCAAACUUACUGAUAAGUAGCAUUGUAUUAUUUUAAAGAGGUGCUGAGGAGACUGUAGGAAUAAAAUGUUAUCGAUUGACUGAGUCUGUUUACCCUCUUUGAGUUACUGUCACACUUAUAUUUAUGUCAUGGGAUCCCUUAUAGUUGAGUUGCAUCCAAGCGGCACUCUAAUACCUGAAGUCUGUUACAAACUAAUGUUGAAAAUGACAGUCAAAUCGAAUACAAGACGAACAGUAUUUUAAAACGUAAUAUUAUUGAGUUAAAACUUUGUAUUUGUGUGUAUGUUACUAUCUACUCUAUUCCCAACAAAUGUGAUAAGUCGUGCGACUACGUUGUUCUCAGAUUCUUCCAUUAUUUACACAGAAGAUUGGUCAGAAGCCUCAUGUGUCACUUUAUAUCUAAGGGAACGGGCGCUUAGAGACUUUGUCCUGCAUGUCUUUCAAGGGGCAGCCCUUAAAAAUAAUAUAUUAGCUUUUGUGCCCUUAAAUCCAAGCCCCCUAAAUGAUCCUGUAAUGUCUUUCACAAGAUUUUGAUAUGAAACCCAGAAAUGAAAGUUGGUAAAAACAGGAGCUUUACUGUAAAAAUCAAAGUCUCCCAGGGGCUCCGGAGAGGCUGUAAGCUAAGCUGCUGCUAGCUCGUCUCGAGGUUUUUAGCUCGUUUUUAGGUCAGGGUUCCUUCAGUGUUCAUCCUUAACAAGGUUUUACCCGCAGCGGGAUUAUCCGCAGAGUUUUCUAUCUCCUAAAAAAUAAACAGACCUGGUGAUUAAAAUCAGAGAAAGCCAUGACUGAGGCAGUUUGAUGUUGAUAAUCAGCUUCUCUCUGUAGUCUGUGGAGGAGCUUCAGGGGCUGAAACCGAGCAGAGGUUCACUUUAGCACAGCCUGUUUCCGACAUCUUUAACAGGGUAGAGUGAUAAAGUUAAAAACAAUGAUGACAGGAUGUGAAACGCUUUAGAUGGAAUAACUCAAUCUUUGAUUAAAAAAAACACAAAAAGGAUCACAAAGCAGUCAAGUUUUUGUACUUCACAGUCAAAUCUGACAAGAAUGAAUGUUCCCUCAUUCGCAUUGUGUCUUUAAAGCAGCUUUGAAUAAUGAAACUCAUCACGCUGAAAGUUGAAGUCCUCCACAUGUGUUGUCUCUCUCUACUGCUAAAGCAAAAACACUGUAUGAACACACUGUGGGUAAAAGCUGUAUAUCAUGUUAAGGGAUUUUUACUACACAAUAACUGAAAACAGACAUGUUCUUAUCUAGACAUCCAGAUUAAUCACACAUAAUUUUUUAAUCACAUGAAUCAUUUAAAAAAAAAAUUUACUUCCUUUAUUUUUUGACAAUCAAGACGGGAGAGAUCAGAAGAAAAAUAAGCAUGUUGUGUGAAUUUACAGCCUUUAUGUUCUUUGUUUUGUUUGAACUUUGUAAAUUAAAAUAAUAUUUCAAUAUGUUAAAUCACAAAUGAGUUAAGCCCUACGAGGGCUCCAUGUGCAAAAAGGCAGGUAUGAUCUCACCUGAGUACUACCCAACCAUAUGAUAGAUGUGUUUUUAGUUCAGGACACUCUGGGGAAUCAGAUUAUCUAUGAUACAAGAAUGUGGGAUCAAGUCCUUAAUCAUUGUAAGACAAUAAACACAGAAGAAAAAUAAAAGCAACAAUUAAAUUAGUCAAGUUUAACUUUGCUUUUUCUGUAAGAAAGUAGUGUGAACUGUUUCACACUCUCUGACCACCCAGAGGUGAGAUGUGACUUUCUAGAAAGUUAGGAAGUGUAUUAAUUUCAAUUUUUAUGUUAUUAUCAUUAUUGACAUCAUCUUUUUAUAUUUGCUAUCCUAUUUUUGCAUUCAAUCCCUUUUUUAUUGCGUUUUGUUUUCCUACAGAUUUGAUGUCUUUUGCUAUUAUUUCGGUUCUCAUGGUCUAAUUUUAUGUUGCAUGGUUCUUGUAUUGUCUGGGUUUCUUAUGAGAUGUGAAAGUGGUCCUCAUUUUCUAAGGCCUUUGUGUUUUUAUUUUUGUGCUGAAGCUCUUGUGCACUUUGUAAACAUCUGUUUUUAAAAGUGCUUUAUAAAUAAAUGUAUUAUUAUUAAUAGCUAAGAGACCAUAACUAUAAAAGAAAAACUGACAGAUCCUGAUCGAUUUUCUCCUCUCUUUCGCAGAUUUUCUAUUUCUCCAACGGGAAAGGAUUCUUAGGAGUUGCUGAGUUCAAACGCAGGGUGCAGUUUGUUGGAGACAUAAACAAGAAGGACGUCUCCAUACAGCUGAGUCCUGCUCAGUUCAGCGACAACGGCACCUUCUUCUGCGACGUGAAGAACCCACCUGACGUGGUGGGAAUAACGGCUCGGACAGAGCUCAGGGUCGUUUUGAAAGGUAAUUAUCCUCUCAGGAUGCUUAAUUGGCUCUCUUAAUUCUAGAGGAUUUCAGUGGAAGUGAAAAACAGUCGGUUAAAACAGCAGGCAGAGAUUCUUGGCUUACAUAAGAGCCUCUUUUACAUUCACCCUCAGCCUUGGCCAGACUCUUGUGAGCUGUGUUCACCCACUCACUGGCUCUCUGCAUGCUCACAUGCUGAUUGGAUGGUGUGUGAAAACACUGCUGUCUGAACUUGCAGUAUACAUCAACCAUGUCUCCAGGCAAGAUGCUUUAACCCAGUCACGGAGGCGUUUGACUCCCAAGAUUUAGACUUUGGAUGUCUGUGAUGACAUGUAAUUGGCCUGACAGGUGCCAGUUUGAACACAACAGCGAGAGAGCACCAGUUAUAACCUAUCAAAGCCCGGAAUAAAUCAUUCUUUAGCUCAAUAUUAUGACUUGCCUAGCCCUAGGAAAGACAGCACAUCAGACUGCAAAACUAAAAGUUCACAGGUAUAUCAGAAAAUAGGUCAAUGGUUCAAUAAUUACUGUCUACUCCUUACUGUCUACUACUGGGUUAGGAGUUAAUGCCAUGCCUCAGAUAUUGCACAAUCAUGUAGCACAGGUGACUUUCCAUUCAUCAGGACAAUCGUUUACGUAGGUAAGUCUGGUGUUGCGGGCGCGCUUGUUCCCACGAGUGGCUGAAGAACCGGUUGCUGGUCUGCGAAAAAAAGCCACAGGCUCAGCACUUUGAGGUUGUUUCCUCUUGUCCUGUUCCUGCCUGUCUAAUGGAAAACUCACUGACUGUAAUAAAAACCUGAACUUAUCAUCAGAUUUAGAACGACUUCACUGAUUUUAUCGAGAAGUCACGGCAUUACGGUUGACGACUAUGAAGAAGUAUAAAUUGAACCAUAAAAUACUUAAAAACUAAGUAAGGAAAAAAAUAAAAGGCUGUAGUUAGAAUAAAGAAUCAUGAUAAUAAUAAUUAAAAUAAGUUACUAAAACUUUAUAUUUUUCCUAAAAUGUCAUUAAAAAAAGAGAAACUUUGAUAUAUUCUGCAUUCAUGAUACACAAAGCAAAAUAUUUGGACUCUUUUCUUUGAAUCUUGAUAAUAACAGCAAGUUGACACAAAUUCAUUGAUUAAAAGUGACGUAUUAGCAGCUAAAAGGGCAGAGUUGCAAGAUGUAUUUGUUAUAAUUCACCUUAAACUGAAGUAUUAGAUUGAAGGUCAUGAUAGGCAAGGUCGACAGGGCUACUGCAAGAAUUAUACAUUGACUUUUGUGUCCACUCUCAGCUUUCUCUAGAGUUGACACCUACUUUAACACUAGUAAGGCGAGUGUUACUUGUGUUGAUGCUAUUAUCCCAACCACUCAUGGUGGGAGUUAUUGUGCAGUGAUCAGCAACUAAAGCCCCUUUCAGACAUGCACUCCAGAAAAUUUCAGGAACUGAAACUACCCGACAGUACUUUUCAUACAUACGCCCUCAUUGCGUGAUGUCUUCCCUAAUGGUCAGGGUGUGUGAAGGUUAUUCUAGAGGCCGAUUAUAAUGUCAAAUAGAUGCUGCAGUAUUCUGAAUGUUAUGUUUUAUAAUCUUCUCCAAAAUAAAAACCACUGAUCCUUAAAUUUACCUCUCCUAGAAGUUUUUUUUACUUGAAAUCUUAACGAGCGGGCAAAGUUAAUGGUUACUGGAGUUAUUUCCCAUUAAAAAUGUGAAGGUAAGAAUAGAAAUAUCCUGUACGAGCCAAGUAUGUGUACACAGAGUGUUGUUACUCAGAGCUGAAAUAACAACAAAGCUGAGCAAACAAAGGUCAGGAUUAGAAAGAAAUGUGUGCACAAGCGUGCGAAACAAAAUACAAGAAAAAACUGUACAACAAAAAUAAAUGUCCUCAUACAUCUCAAGUGUCUAACCAGAGUUAUGAAGAAUGAAAUCCUUCAUGAAUAGUUAACAUCAGUUAAGGUCUGCAAAAUCUGAUUCACACACAAUAUGAAAAUAACACCUGUUGUUAACACAACAAACUUCCUGUAAGUCACGCCCAACAGGAAACAGAGAAAUCAGAGUUCACUUUUAGUCCACAUUAUCAUCUGUUGAUCUGAUCAAACACACAACGAUAACACCUCCAGUUUCUCAGUCAGAUGCUAAAAAUAAUAUGUAUAUGAUGCUCAUGGUGGUUAGAGGGUGAGACCGCUAGUACUAACAGAAAAUGUUCAAACUGGCAAUGCGACUUUAGUUUUAAAGGUUUUAUUCCAAAUUUGUCUGAGUCCAUGUGUCGUCAUGGAGGAGAUUUGGAGAGCUACAUUUGUCAACAAGUGCAGUGAAACGUGUUUAUCAGUUUAUCUGGAUAAUGCAUUGCACAAUUACUUUAAGGCUCUUAUUCAUCUACUUAGCUUUCAGGUUUGAUAAAACUCUUAAAUUUCAGCUCUGGGUUUCACACAUUCUGGUGUUAACGCAAGACGUGAUUUUGGUUUAAGUGCAUCAUGGUUAGCCUACUAGUGAUCCACUGAUAUCGUAUUCCAACAUUGAUAAUCUGGGAUCAGGUCAGUAUGAAUGUGGAUUAUAGAUAAAGACCAAUCCAACAAACCAUUGGAAGUUAACAUGCUGCCACCAGUGCUGUGGUGUCUAUGAGGAGGAUUGUAGUGACAAGUCCUAUACUGAAGCCCCUAAUGGCUGCUAAUUGGCCUAUUGUCUGGACGUGUACUCAGUGAAGAUCACAAAGUCUGGUCCUUUUAUAGUUAUGAUACGUUUUAUUCUUUUACCGCAGUUUUGUGUUGUUAAUUUCUUCUAUUAAGCAGAGGUUAACAAUUAAAACACAAAUGUUCCUUUGUAUGCUGUAGCAACAUCCUUGACACCAUAAUCACUGAACUUAAAACACCUGUGGUGAGUCUCAGCUGCCACCAAAAUCACUCUUGGCUGCCCUCUAGUGACUCGGAGGAGCAUUACCCUUCAAACUCGAGUUAUGGCUCUUUCAGGAGGUAUGAGGAGUUCUUUUUAGACUGAAAUUCAUAGUGAUGCUAAAUAAAUGAUACAUUUGACCGUGAAAAGCCAAAGUAUUUGGACUAAGUAGCAACUUCAGACUGUAAGGAACAUAAUAAACGAAGACUGGUUUAUCCACAAAUUGGCACAAUCAAAAGUUCCUCACAGGAGCUUUAAUGAGUUACCUGCUGAUUACAUUUGUGUCUUCAAAAUAAUGUCCCUCUUUGAGCGACAAUGCUAAUCAAGAAGGUGCAUGUAACUACUACAAAAAAUAACUAAAUGAAGAAAGAAAAUAUGUGCUAAAUAGAUAUAACGUUUAAGAAGCAAAUUUGCUGAUGUAACUCGUCUGUGAUUGCCUAAAGCAGCUGUUGGUGGAUUAUUGUAACUGUCAUGGUCGAACAAAACAGUAAAUCAUCAUUUUUUUCCAAUCCUCCUUGUGUAAUCACUGUAUUAUUGUAUUUAAUGUCAAAUAUGGAAAUUCCAGCCCACCCAUAAUGCUGUCACAAUCUGCAGACACCGAGUUGCCACUUGAGUAAUGGCUGCUAAUGCAAUGUGGUGCCACACACAAACCGCUCCCUGAAUUCAUGUAUCGUGGAAGGAGAGCAGGAAUGAAAAGAGAGGAAAAGAUGGAGAGGCGUGAGGGUUUUAAGAGGUUUUGAGGAUGCGAUAAGCUGCUGCCUUUUUGUUUGUUUCGUUCGCCUGUGACUCCUCGGUUGCUCUUUUGCAUACUUGACUAUCACUCGGGAUAUGAGAGAGCUCACUUCACAAAGAUGCUUUCUCCCAGCAUGAAAGUCAUUAAUUUCUGUUGACGGUGUUGACAUACCCCUUAUUUGUGUCCCUUUUAUUGAGAACUCAACACUAGACAGGGUUAAAAUGUGGUUUAAAAACAGUUUAUGCUCUCUGAUUUGGUAUCACAGUUGAAAAAAAAAGCUUCUUCCCUCCUUCAGCUGCUAUCAUCCACGUGGUUCAGUCAUCUCAGGAACACACAGCAGGUCAUUCUGGCUCUGUUCUUUUUAGCCAAAGUCACGCUUCCUUCUCCUUUAAUAUGUAUUCAGCUUCCAGAAUCAUGAAUCCUAUGAUCACAGUUAAACCAGGUUAAAUCCAUCAAAUAUUAAAGCCGUAAACGGUCUCUGUGACCUAUAAAUGCCGCUCCAGCAGGUGCUUUCUUGUUUUUUUUUUGUCUCAUGAAGCCUGCAUGUGCAUGUGACGGCUUGUUAUCCUUUGGCCCGGCAGAGUUUGCUCCACCCUCACAGUGGGAAUUUGUUCCAUAUCAAACAUUUGUAUCUAGGAAGAAAAAACACACUACCAGAAGAAAAGAGGUUAUUAUCUUUGUUUGUUCUAGCUCCAGAACACACACACACACACACUGGAUUUAUUACUGCUGCACUGACAGGGAUCGUUGAAAACUUUAUAGCCAUGUUAGUUACACAACUUCAUGUAAGCAGCAUGUUGAGACUGGCCGAAGAAACCCAGUGAAAGUGCUGAUGAAGGAGCUUUUGCAUUGAAACGGUAAAAGUAGUGAAAACAUUUUUCAGUCCUUAUCACUUCUAUUAUUGACAUUGUUUAAAGUUUAUUGCCUUUUUUUAAUCAAAAUGGAGUUUUAGGACCUUCAGACCAUAGACAUUAUAUACGUAGAUGCCUCAUUAUGUCCUGGAGCGUAAUCAAGCGUCACCGCCAUAUUAGAUGAGUCUCCCCAAUCCAGACUCGCUCAACAGCCAAACAGGGUCAGUGGAGAACGAGCAACUUUGCCCAUUUUUUUGCACUCUUUGGUUGAAAAACCGGACGCAGUAUUGAAACCAGAUCCCGUAGGAUUACAUUUCACAAAUAGGAUUGAAAAGUAAUUUGUGUUAUUUUUAAUGUGUGACAUUGUCCUGUAUUAUGGCUACAUCUCUGCCGUUGUAACAAACCAAACAGUGUGAAAAUUGGACAGAGAUUUGGAGUUAUUAUCAAUAUGGUUGAGCAUUCCUACCUACCUUAAUGCACUGGAGGGGCAUGGGGGGCCCAUCUAAGAUGGCGGCUGCGCUGAUACGAGAGCUCCAAUAGGCAGCAUCAGGCUUUGAGGCGUCUACGUAUAUUAUGUCUAUGCUUCAGACUGGGUCUAAAAUAAAGACAAUGAGUCAGACUUGAAGCUGAGAGCUUUUGCUGGAAAACAGGUGAACAUCUAUGUGGUGUCUGUCACAAGCAAACAAGCCCAAAGUGGUUUGAAAAGAAACAUGUUGAUAUUUUUACUGAUACUCUCAUUCAGAUAUAAUUGAUUAUUGUGGCAAUAAUAGGUUUUCUAUCCUGGCUUUAACGUUACUUGUGUGAAAUCUUUUCAUUCAAUCUUGUUCUAAUAUUCACAUCUGUACUGAUCUCUACUCUUCUGAUCAUCUUCAAAACACAGGGACGCGGUGAAUUAGAAAUUGCUUUUGGCCUUGAGGCUUUUGUGCUAAUAUUUUCAUUUAUAUUGCAGCUCAGACAUCAGUGCAUAUUAGGAUGGCAAAAAAAAACACACACACACAAAAAAACUGUGGUCUCUUAAUGCAGAUGAAAAUUCAAACCAAUGACGGCGUGCUGUUUCUGUUUUUCUCUCGCAGAAAAUCUCCCUCCGAGUAACACGGCCGUUAUAGUCGGAGCAGUUUGUGGUGCUUUAUUCCUGCUGGUCCUUGUCGCUGUAGCCGCCUGCAUCGUCAUGAGGGUGCUUCACAGCCGCCAUGAGUAUGAAGGGUGAGUGUGCGGUUUUACAUGUUCAGAGUGAUUUCAAAUAUACCGUUACAGGACUUCCAGCCGGGCAGUUGAACAGCCUGGACACUGGAGAUGAGAAAAUCUUACCAAAACAUGAGAAUUAGCAUCCUUGCACAGAAUUUACACUCAGAUUUAAGAAGAGCCACUUGAUCAAGCUUGCUAAUACUUGAAACUUCCAACAGCAUGGUCUUAUUUCAGAGCAGCAUGAGCUGACAGAGCUUGAGGAAGACAAACUAUGACCUGAAAUUUACAACAACUGAAAGGUAGAACAUGCUUUUACUUCCGCAGAAGAUGUCGAGUCAUUAGGCAGUGAAGAAAAUAGCUCACAACAAGAGAGUCCAAGUCUAGAUGUCAGGAUGGAGAGUCUCAAGUUUAAAUAGACCCAGACCUUCAGAUCCAGCACACACUCUGAGCUCUCUCCCGAAAGCCCGAAACAGGUCAGUCUCCACGGUUUAUUGUCGUAAACUUCAGUUCACGGCGAGGGAGACUAUAUUGAAUAAGCUUUUGGUGAAGGAAAUAAUACAACUUAGUGGAAAUAGGAUUUACUUGGACUGUGACUGUUUGGGGAGGAUGCUGCAACAACACAAGGAAAAGCAUUUAAAGAGAGAGGGCAGACCAACACGAAUAAUGGACCAGUUUUGACAGAGAGACUUACAGCCUGAGGAGAGAGAGACUUCAUUCAUUACUCAGCAACACACUCCCAACUACUCCAGAACUGACAGAUACUUACUUCAAGAUACAACAGUUAGCUGAAAGCUGAAAAUACAGAUUUAUCUGCAGGUAAAUGGUACUCACAAGCAUCCUCAGAAAAACGAGAAUGGAACAAAACAAGACAACUGCAACAGCCUGAAGGAAAAGAAAAACUGACUUACAAACAAAACAAUAAAUGAAAGUCCCAAGGAAGAAAACUCAGGAGUUGUUCGUGAAUAAAACAAAAGCAUCCUAAAAUAAAACAGCUGUCCUCGCUCCACUCACUCUACAAUGUUGAUGUGAUGUUGGACUUCUGUAUGUAUCUGACUUUGCCAUGUUGAAAUCUAGACUUUGUGGUAAAGAAAAGAAGGAAGUGUUUUUUACAGUCCAGGGGGUUAUACAAACACACAAACACACACACUUACUCACAACAAAACAAAAGGUCACCUCCGGACUAAAGCCUCUUGGAGGUUUUUCCAGGUAAGUGUCUGAGGUUAAUCUUUAGCACCAUGUGUUUGAUCUAUUUUCCCUGAAUGUUUUUGUUUUUAUUUCUAGUCACAUUUUGACUCCUUCCAGAUAUUCAAUCAUCAGACUGUAACACCUCGCUAACCCUUUCAUUCUGCAUGGGAGCUGGGUUCAGUGUCUCUCUGUGUGUGUUUACCUGUGUGGACAAAAACCUGCAUUGUGGGCUGUUUUGGUGAUCUCAUUUUGUUACUAAUGAUUUUCGUUUGUCAUGAAAGACAUUAUCUAAAACUAGACUUAACUUGCUUUUGUGGGGUACUUUGACCGUCAUCAGCCUUGCAUGCUACAGUCAUAAUGUCGUCGCUCUUAACUUCGAUGAAAUAACCACAUACAAAGCAAUCAAAAUGUUGAAAUAAACAUCAUUUCUACUUUGGAGAAAGGAUGAGGGAUGGUUUGAGCCUGUGAGCUUGAGUUUGAGGGAUCUUUGGGUUGUCUGUUUCCUCUGGUGCCAGUCACUUUCCUCCAUCACUUUGUGUCAACAUGACUCACUCGACAAUGUUGCUUCCUGUCUAACACUAUUGAUCAGUCUGUUGUCUGCAUGUCUUCCAGUCACUCUUCAUCAUGUCUUGUCACUAACCCUGAAACUAACAGCUACUUUUCUCACCCGUGCUCUUUUACUUAAUCGUUUAUGACACGUUACACCAGUAUGGAUGAUUCGAGGCAUGAUGUUGACGCCGGAGAGUCACCUUUAAUAUGUCAUAACCAAACAGCAUAAUGAAGCUAAGGUUUACUUUUUAACUGUAUUUACUGUCUAGACUAGAGGUGUACUGAUGAGCUGCUAAAUUUGUAUUUUUGAACAACAGUCUGGUGUGAGUAGUCUUUCAAAGUACACAGAAACAUCACAGCUGCAGAUUACAAUCAUUGUAAAAUUAUUAAAUUGUAAUCUCUGUAACCUGUUCACUAUAAUACAACAAAAAGCUUUAUGAUACCAAACUAUACCAUGUGAUUCACUACAAUACGUCACAAUGCUAUUCUAAUAUUUCACAAUAUGUUACACUAUCAAUACAGUACAAUACUACUCUAAAUGAUACUACAUGAUUUGAUAUUGAUUGAUAUGUUUAUUUGGAUCAUGUAAAUGAAACUUAAAACCAGUUGAAAAUACAAAUAAGUGACAAUCAGGAAAAAAAAAAAAAACAAGACAGUAGCUGAUUAAUCAAUACUCUCAUUUUUAAGCCCCUCAGUUUACAUGAGCGAGAAGAAGUAGGAAGAAGUAUAAACUUGUCUAAUCGUACCCCCUUAAAUUUGAUUUAUCUCUUUAACACUGUCUUAAAUUAUCCAAAAAGAAACGCAGUCAUACCAAUUUUAUCAUACCAAUCUCCAAUAAACAAAAAACACCUUGUGGUGAUUAUUCAUCCAUGUACCUCUGGAAAAUCAUUUCUCUAUCCCCCCUUUUAAACAGAAUUAUGCUCAAAAUUUGUUUUAGCUCUUUACUCAGUCUGCUCCACAGUUUAACUCCAACAACAGUGAUACAGAAACUUAAAUAUUAUUCAAUAUAACACAGUAGGAAAAUGUACAACUCUCAAACUUAUGGUUUGGUAAGAUCAAAAAAGAAUAUGAUACUAUGAGAUUUGGGAUGAUGGUACAAUAUGAUAUGAUGCAAGAGAUGAUAUAAUUCAAUACAAUAUGAUACAGUGUGAAACAAUGUGAUAUAAGGAAACUAUCUCAUGCAAUACAAUAAUUCCAUAUGAUAUGAAAGGAAAGGAUAAGAUACGAAACAAACGAUACCAUACUGUACAAUACAAACCAGUACAAUGCUAUCAUACCAUACGAUCUCUGACCAUUAACAUACUCUAUAAUACUAUACUUUUAGAUGUGUGCAUUUCAGAUGCAUUGUCUUACAUCGACCUGAAUAACAACAUUAGCAGAAAUCUGGGUCACAGAUUCCGACAUUAGCAGAGGAAGUACUUGAAAGCUGCACCAGCACCAGUCUGUUCUCACUCUUAAUUCCCUUCAGUGCACCUCUAGUCUCCUCCCUGCUUCAGUAUCUCUGCAAACCACUGGGAGCCUUCAUGUCUUUUGUUUGCAUCCAGUGUUUCAUGUGCUCAUCUCUCAUUGUUUUUUUUUUAUUUUUGUCUCGUGUCCAUUAUUUGUUGUUCGUCUCCAUUUGACUGUGCACCAAUGGUUGCUCGACACCAUGGCAAAUCGUUACCUCUAAAAUAGAUGUACGUCCUUGGAAAGCGUGAGCUCUCAGGCUCCGCAGCCGCGAAAGAAGGUGGAGGCCAAUCUGGAGGGCUCCAGGUGUACCAGUCCCUCGGGUCCACUACAGGUAGGAGCUGGGGGACGGAGAAAACUAUCGGCUGCCACCUUUUCACCUGGAAAAUGUUUCAGUAUUUUCUUCUUACAAUGAAAACAGACCCUGGAAACCAAGAAAAUCUUUCACCCCUAUGCUGAUUGAUUGGCUUUGGUAUUCCUUGUGCGCAUGUGAAAGGGCAGGGAACUCUCAGAGCAAAUACAACUUACUGCGUAUUAAUAAUUUACUCAGACUCAAGUGUUCCUGACUGAAAUGACACUCAAACAGCCACAAGAAUUUGGUGUACAGAUAUCUACAGAGACAAAUAUUGCUUAAUAUUGUUUAAUAAUAACUACAUAUGCAUGGUAAUGUAAAUGCUGUGGUGUUAGAAGCUUCAGUUACUUAUUACAAUACAUGUUGAUCAAUUUUAAAUACAUUGAUAAAUACUUAGUUUUCUUGAAUUUUUCCAUCAAUCCAUCACCAUUAAAGAAAUGUGACAUACAGUAUAGAAUAAAAUAGAGAUUGAACGAACCUUAAAAAACAAUUUAAAAGAAAUCAGAGAGACUAUGCUGCGUUCAAGUUACCUGGGAAGUCAGAAGUCCGAGCUGGAAGUGACAUCACACCUGAGUUACCAGCAUUUCAGUUACCAAGUCGGAAAAAAGCAAAAUUGGAGGCGGAAACAAGAUGGCUACAUCUACGAAAGUUGUUUUAGCGCUUGUCUUAUUUUCAGACAAGACAAGUGCUGAAAUAACUUCCGUAGAUGUAGCCAUCUUGUUUUAGGCGUCUGAUUUUGCUUUUUUCUGACUUGGUAACUGAAAUGCUGGUAACUCAGGUGUGACGUCAUUUUCUGCUCCAACAUCUGACUUUCGAGGUAACUUGAAUGCAGCAUGAGAUGACUAUGGAAAAAAAAUGUUUGUAGGUAUUGUUGUUUUGGUAACAAGUAAACACAAAAUAAUAUUGUGUAAAGACGAGAAUCUCUUCAGUUUUAAAACAUCAAAAAUAACACUUAAUAGGCAUGUGGUUUUUGCUUCUUUGCAGAGGAGCCUAAGUGAUUUCACUUUUCCAAGAUAUUUUGCUUAAAAAACAAAAUGGGUUUUCUGCAGAUGAGUUAAUUUUUGAGAUCACUUCACUCCCAUUAUCAGCUCUUUGCACGAGUUAGUGUUUUUGAAGUUACAGUUUGAAACUAAUCAACCAAAGAAAAGUUAACGUCUCAGUUAAACUAAAUAUUUCUUAAUUCAAACUAAUCUUCCAUGAAAAAGCUUUACUCUUAAUUAUUGCUCCUGACAAACUCUUAAUCAACAGACUGUAAAUACCCAGUAUGUUUUUAAUGCUUGCGGUGACAAGAAAGAGAAAUACUAAGCUCUAUGUGCAUAUAUUGUUGUCUUUUGUCAACUUUUUAAUAUUUCUUUUCCCUUUUAUUCCAGGGCCCGGUGAUAUACGCCCAGUUGGAUCACUCAGGCAGCAAAAACUCGUUCCAUAAGAUGGAGCCUGUGGUCUACGCUGAUAUCCGUAAAAACUGAAGAGGGAACGGGGACCAAAAGAAAAAUAAAUAAAACACAGUAAAGUAUCAGACCUCUCUAUUAGCUGCUCUUGGGACGGGUGGGAAUAUAUCAACAGGGACAGAAAUUGGUGCAGUUUCCACUUUUAUUUUAACUCUUUUGUCCUCUGAAAGCAUGAUACUGUUACAUGAAAAAAGUAAUGUCUUCAUGUGCUCUAUUGUAAAAAGAAAAAAGCAAGAAACACUUCACAGUCUCAAUAACAUACCAUCACAUCAGCCUUGAAAGUUUUCUCCAAAACAGGGUUCAUGAGAAAGAAAAAAAUGCCUUCAAAGAUAUCAUUCCACAUGUAAAAAUACUUAGUUUAAUCAUGUUUUGUGUUUGUGCCUACAAAAAUUCAGCAGGCUGUUGCACUGCCCCAAGAUGAGCGAACUCUUUAAUGCUUAUUUUUAACUUAAUGUGACUCUAAACUUGCCUUAAAAAGUUGCUCCAUCACAACAUAAAACUACAGUUAUCAGAACUUAUUUAACACUAAUAUCUCAGUAGUCAGCACUACGACAUAGUGAUGGGGAAAUGGAUGAGUAUGAGAAGUGGAUGCAGUCAUUGAGUCUUAAACUUAAAGUCAUAACAGAAGUGCCUUAAACCUGCGUUUUUACAAUCAGGCAGCAGGGGGCGACUCCACGGUUUACAGAAAAAAAUCAGAUUUAUACACAAUAAUAAUUUUUUGGAUGAGUUCAUUGAUGAAUUUUGAGUCUUUAGGAUUUGUCCAUAGACUGUAUACAGAACGCUAACUGACUCCUCGCUAGGUGAAGCCACUGCAAGAACAGCAUCCUCUGUUGACGGGCUGCAGUAUAGGUCAUAAAUCCCGCCAUUUCCAGCAAUCCCUAUGGAGCUGUGGACAAACUUUAGAAAUUAAUUACACAGCAAUGUUGGUUUCAGGAAAUGGAGAAAAUCCCGGAAAUACCGAGAGCAAUUUGGCUUCAAAUAUGCAUAAUGACAGAAGGUGGAGCCAAGUUGUCCAUAGUUUAUACAGUCUAUGGGUUUGUCUGAUAAGUUACUACCGCUAUGACCUUAUACCUACUUACAAUUACUAAAGCCACGUUGUUUGGUCAGUUGUUAAUUCUUUCUUUUUUUUAAUCUGAGUUUUACAUUUGUUUUCUGGAAUCUACACCCCAACUGAUAACAGCAACAAAAUUACAAAAUAUAUACUGGCCAUGCUGGGACAAACUUCAGGGCCUGUUUCCACUGACAGAGGUUUUUGCAUCAGCAGCUCUCACGACGUCAGUUUCAGAGCUUAGUCACCAAAGUAGUCCUACAACACUUCUUCUGCCCAUCAAGUCAGUUUUAAAUUUGUCUUCCUAUUUGCCUCCACUGAAGAAAUAAUACAACCCUGAAACAAUGAAAGGGAAUCAUGCUAGCUGUUAGCAGCAGCUCAGACCUGAAAAUGAAAUAAUAAAUAAUAAUAAUGCAUCAGAUUUCAUAUAGCGCUUUAUUAGAGACCCUCAAAGCGCUUUACACUGAAAACAUCAUUCAUUCACUCACAUAGUCACACCUUGGUGGUGGUAAACUACCUUAGUAGUCACAGCUGCUCUGGGGCAGACUGACAGAAAGGGAAAUCAAUAUUUCUAAUAUUUUUGUUGACAAAUAAAAUAUCAGAAGAAAUAUCGCCUCCUGUUGGAUUUUGACUGACUGUUAGUGCUGAAAUGCUGAACUGCACCGCUUUUGUGUAUAAACUUGCAUCAAAAACCGUGUUGGUGGACAUAGGCCCUUGUGUUUGCUCAGCCCUUAUUCCCAGCAAAACAAGCUUGAACUGUAAUCCCCCCAUCAAAAGAUGAUGUCGCAGUGGCUGCGUCUGCUUCUUAUACAACGAUUAUGGACUCCAGGAGAGAUAUUCAAACUGACAGUUUAUCUUAACAUACAAACAAGCUAACCUCUAACUCUAUUAGUCUGCCUAUAAUAUCUUCAUAAUUAGCCCUCAAUCUCUGGGAUAAUUUGGUGAAGCAGUAAGUUAUAAGCUUAAAAUGUUAAAUCGAGUACUUUGAACCGAAAGUGUCUGCAGCAUUUAUCUUCCGAGUGCAAAUCUCAGUUAAUUUAAUCCUAACUGUCCUUUGUGACUCACUGUGCAGCUUUAAUAAGCUUCAGUGACAUUCCAGCUAAACUAUACUUGAAUUUACACGCUGGGGUGCAACAGCCUGCUGAAACCAUAGCUCAUAUCUCUAUCAGGGCACUUCAUAGUGAUUUUGUUUUGUAGGGGCGUGUAACAUAGUUAGAUUUUACAUUGCCUUCAGUAACUUUGCAUGCAGCUGUAAUGACAUCUAAAAACUAAAGUUGGUACUCUUCAACUAGUCUGGCAUUGUAUUACUGUGAAUGCUUCAGUUUUCUGUAGACUUCUGGCAUGUUGUUGUGGUACCUUGAUUUCAAAGAACAGCCUCCCAUUUUGAUUUUCACCUCAGUGUAACUUACUUUUAACUGACUUCGGUUGCUCUGAAAAUGUUUGUUUUCAUUUAAAAAGAAGUGCAAAAAAAAGAAAACGAAAACACAAGAGCAAUGCAACCUUGGUUCUUGUGUUCUGCAUCACAGUGCAAGAAGUUUUUCUGCUUGUUUGAUUUGAAAGAUUAAAAAAAAGUUUGCUGCGGGUCGCUGUAACCCGGCAGUCGUCUUAGUUAGGGGUGAUGUUGAAAUAUGCAUGAUUCAACGAAAUGUGCACCUGAGGUGAAACGUUCUACAAAAACUGGGAGCUCUCAUUUGUUGGACGGAACAAAUGCUAAAUACACUGUUUGCAUGCAGUUUACUAACAUAACAAUCAUUACUACAAACAUAUCCAUCCUUUCCUUCAUCUAUGUAUCAUGUAAGUUUAUUUUUUUCAAAACUAACGGGCCAAAUGUAUCCGAUGAUUUCUUUUAAGCUUUAAAAUGCAUUCCAAAUUUGUUGUUCCUGUCUCUUUAAAGCAUUUAAAAAAGCCAAAUUUAUGUUACGGUUUUGUUCGUCAAAGGCUCAGUAACCGAUGAGAAUGAUAUUUGUGUUGAAACGUGUCUUAAAUCUUCCGCUUCAGCUUUGUGAUCCUGAAUGCAGUAAAUCUCCAUGUUGACCAGUAUUUGUACAUGUUUCCUGCUCAUGUAAGAUAUAGUGCUGUUUACUGUAACUCAUUCCAGUGUGAUGUGGACGUGGAACGCUUUCCACAGAGGGAAAGUGGAUUGCUGUAGAGGUCUUAAGAGUGGAUGGCGUCCUUUUCGUCUUCUCUUUUCAGUCUUAAGUUUUUCUUGUCAAAUGCUCGACACUGAGCGUACGGUACCUGCAGGACGUGUUGAGUCUGAUGAUUCAAAAUGGGCCGAAUUUUUUUUUUUUUUAUCAAAUCAUGAGUACAAAAUAACAGAUAGUUGUUUCCACAGCAUUUAUAAAUCACAUAUUUUUGGUUUUAAAUAGUGAGCCACUUCCGUGUAAUAAUGAAAAACUGAAGUAUUUAAGUAGGUCAUCGUGUAGUUAUAGAACUUUAUCCUAAUUUUUCAAGAAAAGCCCCAAAAAUAGUACAAAAAUAUUACUGAUUUGCAGAUAUUUUUGUUGAAUUUUAGUCCAUUAUCGCCAUCUGUGGCCAACAGGUGCAAUUGCAAUGCAUCAACUCAGACUCCUUUUAAAAAAAUAUCCCGCAAAUUUACAGACACAUAAAAUGUCUUGAAGUCAAAGUUCUGCAAAAAACAUGAAACAAAUACUUCAACAAAAUCAACUGUAAGCCAAAGAUACAAAAACCCCAGCUAUGAAAUACGUUAAUGUCUCCUAUAUCUAGACAAGUGUGUUUUUUCACCUCAAUGUAUUAAAUUCAUACUUCCUUGGUCUUCCUGUUGGACAUCAGGGAGGGCUGGUUGUCCUGCUGCUCCAGGUAGGAAAUUUGUAGUUGAAACAUGUCAAGGUAAAAAUAAGAAAAAACACACUGAUUGACUUUGUUUACAUUCGUUUAUCAUGUCCGCACAAUAAUGAAAGCCUGCACCCACAGAGGCACCAAAGCUUUUUACACACCAGCAAACACAACCAGAGGUUAGAUUGGCUAGAACUUUAAUAUUUAUUUAUUGCUGUCAAUAAAGUCCACAAUUAAUCAUGCAUUUAAAGAAAGAAGAAGACUUUUUUAAGUUUUAACAGAAUUUAAAUAACUGUGUUAAGCAUUUUCCUAUUUAAAGCUUCCCUGACAAGUUUUUUGACAUUUUUAGGAUAGACUGAAAUUCAUAUUUAUUCUUUUUUUAAUGACAUCAGAAUGCAAAUAAGGGUAUCAGGGACACGAAUGGCAAUCUGUUUGUCACCAUUUUUCAGGUGUCAGACUCACAGCUGAAGGGACAACACUGUUUUUACAAUUUCAACAUAAUUUUUUUUUUUUUUUUUCAAACGACACGGCUAUACCGCAUAAGGGGCAAGAUAAGCAAUGACUGCUUUAUCCACAGGGGGUGCCAACGUUGACUCAGACAGAAAAUUCCUUACAGGGAUUUUAAGUUUUGAUAAUAGCUAAUAGCUCAUGUUGAUGUGAGCAUUAAGGUUAGUUUGUUUAAAGCUCCUUUGAGAAGCUUUCUAUUUGUGUCAACUUUGGCGCCCCCUGUGGACAAAAUAGUGUAGUCCUUUAAAUGCACAACUGCAUUUAACAGCUAUUAUUCAUUGCCUGUCUAGAUCACAGAAAAGCAUCAAUGGAUUUUAUGUAUGUCAAAAACUACCCAUAGGACCUUUAAUAUUUAAAUUUAAUGUUGAAUUAUUCUGAUACCUUUAAGGAUAAAAACAAGGUAUGUCGAGGUCAAAGGUAAACACCGCAGCCUCUAAUCAGACGACGCUCUAUGUCACUCCAGCAGCUCCAGCUAUUUUCAUUUAACCUGCCUUUUAGUAUCAUGGUUUCACGAGCUUGUUAGCUUUGUAUGUAAGCAAUAAUAUCAAAAUACAGCUGAAGCAAGCAAGCAGUCAUUUGUUUAGGAGGGAAAAAUACAGGAAAAAGUCAGAAAUUAUGAAGUUUUGCACCAAAUAUCCAAGCAGAUAAAACAAAAGCAGCAAAUCUGUUAUAAAUACUGAUAAGAAACUGAAGAGAACGCACAAUUCUGACUAACAUGAACCCAAAUCGAUUUAUUUUCCAGUUAUUUAAGCUCUUAAACUUUUUAACUCUCGUCACUCCUUUUUUUGUUUUCAGUUCGGUUCAUUUUGAUUGGUCAGAAGUAACAUCUGCAGGCGCUGUAGCCUUCUGUAUCUGUUUACUCCUGUGUGUCCUCCUGUUUUUGUUCUCCUUUUGUUCUCGCAUGUACUUCUACGUAUUCACCAAAUCAGAGAGAAAACAACCUGUAUGAUACUGCCAAACCUUUACUGCUGGUCGCUUUGCUCUAAUCGUGACUCGUCGCAGUGUUUAGUGCUGUUGUAGAAAUAGUGAUGUAAACUAUAAAUUAUGAAAGAUUUACAGUUCGACCGAGCUCUCAUGCAGCGUUUCAUGUCUGAAAAUGUCGAGUGAGUGUUCACUCCGCUCAUGGCGAGUCUUGAAGUGCGUGCUUAGUGUUUUUGAUGGUAAAUAGAUGUUUGUUUAUGAGAAUUGUUUGGUAUGUUAUGUUGUAAAAUCUGCACUAUGUCUUGCAUAUCAAAGACAGCAAAUUCCCUGUGAUUUUACUUUUUUUUUUUUCUUUUUUUUUUUUUUGAUUUUGGUUCAUCUCAGAAUGACCUCGGCCUCUGUUUAAUGUCUCUAAAACUGGAAUGUUGUACAUUUAGUGCCUUUUACAUUUCAUCAGCUAACUUGAACAUCUGCUCCAAAUAGAAAAGAUAAGAUUCAUUUAUUUUCCUUUUACUGUAUGUAUUUUUUUAUACACAUAAUAUCGCCUCUGUAUCCACUGUUCAAAUUUUAUAUAAAACUUGUUCCUGGCCAACUAAA